AUGCCGAAUGAAUUAAAGCUAUUGAUAGAACAAAAAUUGUGUGAACAGCUGAUUGAUUUAACAAUACCUUCAAAAAUUGCAGCUGUUUACAAAAGUAUUAUCUCUUUAUGGGACUAUUUCGGUAGACUGAUGAAAAGCGAAUCUUCAUGUUUAACCAUAAAUCCAUUCUAUGAAGAUGGCUACACAUUCUUGUUGACAGAAUCCUACAUCGGUAACAUCGACCGUGUAAAAAGUUUACUGGCCAGAAACGUUGAUGUCAAUAUAAAGUCUAGACACGGAGAGACGGCUUUAAUGUUGGCAUCACAACAGGGUCAUCACGUGGUUGUUCAGAUGUUACUGGAUCAUGUCGCUGAUUUAAAAAUAACUUUGCCAAACGGUUUGACGCCACUCAUGUUAGCAUCGUUGUCAGGACAUGCAAGGAUAGUUGAAAUUUUACUAAAAUACGGUGCUGAUAUAAACACCGAGGUUGGGAACGGACUUAACGCUAUUUUACUGGCAGUUCUGCGCAAUCACUUUCAUGUUGUAGAGAUAUUUCUGACACAAAAAUUGGAAAGCAUAAAGGUGGAGACAUUGAGUAGAGCGUUACUUCUAGCUACUGACAAAGGCUAUACUAAGGUUGUGGACAUGAUACUGAGGUAUAGAAGAAUCGACGACGGACUUCUCUUUGCUUUUUGCGAACAUAAGCAUCGGAUUCUUGAUGUAUAUUUUAAAUAUUUUGACAUAAACACUAAAGAUGAAAGUGGCUGGACCUUAUUACACUACGCUGCAAAUAAGGGAGAUGAUUUAAAUGUUGAAUAUUUGUUAAAAAUGAGAGCAAAUAUUAACUCUCAAUCUCGUCAAUAUGGAGAAAGUGUGUUAGCAUUGGCCACUAAAAAUGGGCAUUUUAAAACAGUAGAUUUACUUUUGAAGAAUGGUGCCAAUGUAGAUGGCAUUAACUAUGCCGGUCAAAGUCAUCUUAUGCAGGCUGCAGAAUCAGGAAAGUCUGAGAUAGUUCAAUUACUUUUAAAAAACGGAGCCGAUAUAAAUAAAUUUGACAACACGGGAUUCAUUGCCUUACAAUCCGCUGUAAUAUUUGGUCACUAUAACUGUGUAGAAUUGCUGCUAAAAAACCAUGCUAGGGUCAACCACCAAAGUAACAAUGGUGCUUCUGCUCUUAUUAUAGCAGCGACUAAACGUCAUUACAAUAUUGUUAAGUUACUUCUUGCAUACGGAGCAGAUGUACAUCAAUUUGACGAAAACAAUAACAAUGCACUGAAGAUUGCUUUACAAGUGGGUGAUACUGAGACUAUAAAAUUACUUUUAAAACAUGGCGCUACUGUCAAUACUGAUAACAAAUUUACUGAGGAUGCACCCAGUUACACAGAAAAGCAAGGCAGUCAUGAUGACGGAGAAAGAAAUCUUCUGGCUCUGAACACAAAUGAUGAAUCAUUUAUCACCUUGAAAGAUAUUGUGUAUGCAUUGACAACUAUUCCGAUUUCGAUAAUUGUGGCUGCACUUCUGAUUUUGUUUUUAGCACGUAAAAUAUGUUUACAUCAAAUCACACAGAUCAAACCAACGUUAACCUUGCAAAACAAAAUGAUUGCUGUGAUCAGUUUUUACUGGGACUUUUUCUUCGAUAUUACUAACACACCAUUACUCCUACAAAACGUCUGGGGUUGUGACAAGACAUGCCAACCCAUCGAGUCAGGAUUCUUCAGACUUCUCAACUUUCGGGGGAAAUUACAUUCUUUAACACAUGUACAGGAGGUGUCACCUAACUGUAACGGCUGUUUGGUGAUGUCAGAAAUUGAUAGAGAAUCUUUACAAAAUUCUAACAUUUACCUGGAAUUUUUACUUCUUGUUGAAUACAUCAAACGUAUUGUUAAUAUCAUUGAUGAGAAACUUGCAGAAAAUGUAAACGUGAAAGAUGUUGAUACAUUAAGAGUCCUCCGCAACCUGUCAAUAGAAGUUAGCGUAACUCUAGGUUCAGCUGUAAAUCCUCAGCUAUCAAGUUCUGAUCAAGAUGUCUCUCUUCAAUUAGAUAAUAUAAAGAUCAAAACAGAUAUACUUUCAGGUAAAAAAAUUAAUCUGUCACAAAUGGCAAAUGAAGACAGCAUAAAAGUAACUGAGCCGCAAUUAAUUUGCUCCAUGUUUGGCCUAAAUAUUCUAUUUGAGAAGUACCUGCUUGAUCUGGACACCGAGUUCAUUGACCAUCGAGAUCUGCUUCACGUUUUGAGCAGGUGGUUGGAGAACAAUGUCAAGGCUAUAGAAGAGACAGACCAGUCUGUUUCUCUCUAUGAUUGCAUGCUUAGGAUUGGCUUGUCAGAUGAGUCAGCUAACCGUUAUACGGAUUAUGUCGGUGAGGAAUUUGUUAACAUGUAUUCUUUACUGUAUUGGAUCACAAAAUAUUUUAAAGGCUUAAUUUUGUCCAACCCCUUGACUACAGAAAUAACAUCAGCUCACCUUUUUGAAAAUACAUCAAGCUACAACAUAUGGGAAACAUGUGAUAUACAACGAACAGACUAUGAUACCUUGUUUACAAUUAAAGUUCUAAAUCUACAAUCACAAAGUAAUUUUACUUUAGAAGACUUAGAAAUGGCCAAUAAUAAGGUAAAAAAGUUAAGGAAAAAAUUAAAUGGUGAAAUCUGCCAUUAUUAUUACCAUGCGACCUCCUUACAGUUUGCAGAAGAUAUUAUUCAGAAUGGAAUCCGCGUAGAAGAGGGAGAAAAACGUUUGGACUUUUCCCACGGAGGGGGAUUUUAUGUGAUAAAUAAUUUUAAAACUGCCAUGAAAUGGACACGUCGUUUCAAGCAACACAACCCUGCCCAGGCUGUUAUUAUAUACAAAGUUCUGGAAACGGAAAUGGAAAGUGGAAAGGGACUUAAAUUUGAUGACGUCAUAGAAUGGAGACAAGUGGUCACUGCGUGUCGUAAAGGUUUUCCGCGUAGUCCAGAAGUUUCUAAAAUUAGAGACAAGCUCAGACGUGCCGACUAUAUUGAAGGUUUCUUGUGUUCCAAUGGACGACAGGUGACAUACGGGGCAGACCCUGAGAUCUAUCAAGACGGAGAAUUUCGUCCCAUACAAACUUGUAUCGUAAACGAUGACUUCGCCAGGAGCUUUGGUUCACAUUCAAACAUCUUUGGGAUUGUGAUCUUUAGAAAUAUCUAACUUAAAUUUGAUAAGCUACAUAAUAAGUAUGUUAGAAAACAAAACUAUCAUUUAUUGACUUUUAUUUAAACGACAAGCAAAGUUAUAUUUUCAGUUGUCAAGUAAAUAACAUUCAA